CUAAAUUUGGCCCAUUCUUCCACUAAAUUGCAACUAUUAACUGGGUUCGUCGUCGUCGAUUCCCAAAUUUCUCAAUCGAUAAACCCUAAAAAUUCUCUCAUCUUCGGUUUCUUCCACCUGAACCUCAUCGAUAUUCGUCUCUAGGCAUUGUUACGAGCUGAUCUCUGUAAAAAAAAAAUGUCGGCUGUAGGAACAUCGAAAGGGAUUCUAGAGAUCGCCAAGUUCGGUUUCUACGUCGCUGUUCCUAUCGGCCUUAUGUAUACCUUCGCCAACAACAGCACCAAUAUCAAGAAAUUCAUGGGAAAUCGUUCAUAUGUUGUGUAUCCGGAAGAGGCACCUCGACCUCCUUCACCGGAGGAGCUAAGAGAGAUGGCACGAGAGCUUGCUCGUAAGAAGAACAUUCCUCGAGUUUGAUGAUGAAAGACAUGGAAUAUACAGAAGUUCGAUGUUUAUGUUACUGUAAUAGUAAAUUGCUCGGUGUAGCAACUGGUAUAAUAAGGUAAUGUUAUGUUAUGUUGUUGAUUCCUGUAAGAUCAAAAUGAGAUGUACAAGUAAAAGAAGAAGAGUCUUUUCUUUUGUUGAAGAACCUGCAUAUGGUUACAUUAUUUUGUGUUUAUACACACACACAUCAAUGGAUGAAGUCUAAAAACAUUUACAAUCACAGCUUCAAGUGUUUUCCUUUGUAGGACAUUUAAUGUUAAUGGGCUGUAUUA